UUUUAGGUAUAAUUAAUAUGGAGACAGUUGUGAAGACAGAUACUAGCGUUCUUAAGGGUGUUCCCAAGGUAGCUAUCAUUGGAGCUGGAGUUUCUGGGCUUAUUUCUGCCAGACAUCUUAAAGAUAUUGCUCACAUUAAAGUUUAUGAGUCCAAACAAGAUAUUGGAGGGUGUUGGCUAUAUACAGAGGAAUCCGAAAGAAAUCAUCCAGAUCUGGACUCAAAUGCUUAUUACAAGCUAUAUGGCAACCUACACUCGUCACUGUAUCACAAUUUGCUUACAAACAUUCCUAAGGAGUGAAUGACCUGGAAAGAUCACUACCACCACGAAGACACCCCAUACAUAAUGCCUAGCGAAACAUUUCUUGAAUACAUUCGAGAGUACGUCGAUAAGUUCGAACUUACCCAGUACAUAGAGUUCAACCGGGCUGUCACAUCACUCAGGAGAGUGGAAGAGACAGAAGAGAAUAGUCACAAGUUUAAGAUUGAACAUGUCCACACUAACACCAAAGAAGAAUCAGAGGUUGUGGAGGAGUACUUUGAUUAUGUCAUGGUUUGCAAUGGACACUUCUCAACUCCAAAAAUUCCAGACUUCAAAGGAAAAGACAAUUUUAAAGGUUUUCAAAUGCAUAUGCACGAACUGAGAAAGAUGGAACCAGAAGACUUUGACGAUAAAAAUGUGUUAAUCGUUGGGUCUUGCUUUAGUGCACAUGAUCUAGUGAUUAACAUUCUCUUUAGGGAGGAUACUAAAGAUCUUGUUCAUCCUAAAAAGGUCUUCAUCACCAGUCGAUCAACUACUUUACUAGAGAAAUCUGAAGACUAUAAAGAUAUUCAGAAUCAAAAUCUCCUUGAAAUCAAGUCCGGAAAUAUUGAUGAAAUCAAAGAAGAUUCAGUAGUCUUUGGAGAUGGCUCUGAAGAACAAAUUGAUACUAUCAUCUAUGCUACUGGCUACAAAUAUUCUUUCCCAUUCAUUGAUCCAGACCAGAAAAUAGUGGAGUUUGAUUCUAAAGGAACUAAUGGAAGUUACUUUGGACCCUUGUACAAAAAGAUGUUUUGAAUCAAUGAACCGAAUAUAUUCUUUAUUGGAGUUGUAGAAAGAAUUCUAAUUAUCCAUUCAACAUAUGAGAGACAAAUAUUACUUGCUAAAGAAGUUAUUCAAGGCAAAAUUACACUUCCAUCCAAACAAGAAAUGCUUGAAGACCUUGCCUCUGAAAUAGAGAAUCACGAAAAAUAUGGCAAAGACUUGAGCUAUUUCUAUAGGUUCAACCCAGCAGGCUACACCUACGCAGAUUACAACAAAGAUUUGGAAGCUCUCACUUCAAUGGAGAUUGACACCACAAACUACUCAGCUCUUAAACCAGCCAAUGAAGCCAGAUCUGAACUUAUGAAGGCAGGGAAUGAGGUUCAAAUAAAGAACAUUGAUUACUCCGAAUAUCUGGAUGGCAUUGAGUUCAAACCCACAAGCAGCACAUUUUAAGC